AAGCCUAGCAGAGGCGCGACGCCCUCCUCCCGCCUCUCCGCCUACUCCAGCCUCCGCCGCCUCAGCUUCCCGAGCGAGCCCUGCGGCCGCCGGAGCAGCUCCCGCGGCGGAGCCGGAGCCGGAUGGUCAGAGGAGCCCGGCAGCCCCAGCAGCCGCGGAGUCGCCUGGCCCCCAGAUUGACUGGCACAGUGGAGAAACCACCUCGAAAACGGAAAAGCAGGACUGAAUUUGCUCUUAAAGAAAUCAUGUCCUCUGGAGGUGCUGAAGAUGACAUCCCACAGGGAGAGAGGAAAACAGUUACAGAUUUUUGUUAUCUUCUGGAUAAAUCUAAGCAACUGUUCAAUGGGUUAAGAGAUUUGCCACAGUAUGGGCAGAAGCAGUGGCAGUCCUAUUUUGGAAGAACUUUUGAUGUUUACACCAAACUCUGGAAGUUCCAGCAGCAACAUCGACAAGUCUUGGAUAAUCGGUAUGGCUUAAAGCGGUGGCAAAUAGGGGAAAUUGCAUCUAAGAUUGGGCAGCUAUACUACCAUUAUUACCUACGCACAUCUGAGACCAGCUAUCUGAACGAGGCUUUCUCCUUCUAUUCUGCAAUCAGACAGAGAUCAUAUUAUUCUCAAGUCAAUAAAGAAGACAGACCUGAGUUGGUAGUUAAGAAGCUACGGUACUAUGCAAGAUUUAUAGUAGUUUGUCUUCUUCUCAACAAAAUGGAUGUUGUAAAGGAUCUGGUGAAGGAAUUGUCAGAUGAAAUUGAAGAUUAUACUCACCGCUUUAAUACUGAAGAUCAAGUGGAAUGGAAUCUAGUACUUCAAGAAGUAGCAGCUUUCAUUGAGGCGGACCCUGUAAUGGUAUUAAAUGAUGAUAAUACCAUUGUUAUCACAUCUAAUCGCCUUACUGAAACAGGAGCCCCAUUGCUGGAACAGGGCAUGAUUGUGGGACAGUUGUCUCUGGCUGAUGCACUCAUUAUUGGUAAUUGUAAUAACCAGGUUAAGUUCAGUGAACUAACUGUUGACAUGUUCCGGAUGUUACAAGCCCUGGAAAGGGAGCCAAUGAAUUUAGCUUCCCAGAUGAAUAAGCCAGGAAUGCAGGAAUCUGCUGACAAACCUACCAGACGAGAAAACCCCCACAAGUAUCUGCUCUACAAACCAACCUUCAGCCAACUGUACACAUUCUUAGCAGCAUCUUUUAAGGAGCUGCCUGCCAAUAGUGUGCUUCUGAUUUACCUGUCAGCCACUGGCGUUUUCCCCACAGGUCGUUCUGAUAGUGAAGGUCCUUAUGAUUUUGGAGGGGUGCUUACUAAUAGUAACCGGGAUAUUAUAAAUGGAGAUGCCAUCCACAAACGAAAUCAGUCCCACAAGGAAAUGCACUGCCUUCAUCCUGGAGAUCUCUAUCCUUUCACAAGGAAGCCCAUGUUUAUCAUUGUGGAUUCAUCCAAUAGUGUUGCAUAUAAGAAUUUCACAAACUUAUUUGGACAGCCACUAGUCUGCUUGCUUUCUCCUACAGCAUAUCCAAAAGCUUUACAAGAUCAAUCUCAACGAGGUAGCCUCUUCACUCUCUUUUUGAACAAUCCUCUAAUGGCCUUCCUAUUUGUCUCUGGAUUGUCAAGCAUGCGUAGAGGCCUGUGGGAAAAAUGUCAAGAAUAUCUUCGAAAAAUCAACCGCGAUAUUGCCCAGCUACUCACCCAUUCACGUUCAAUAGAUCAGGCAUUUCUCCAGUUUUUUGGGGAUGAAUUUCUUCGUUUGCUUCUCACAAGAUUUAUCUUUUGUUCAGCCACCAUGAGGAUGCACAAGAUUUUUCGGGAAACACGAAAUUAUCCAGAAUCAUAUCCACAACUGCCAAGGGAUGAAACUGUGGAGAAUCCUCAUCUCCAGAAGCACAUUCUGGAAUUAGCCUCCAUUCUGGAUGUACGAAACUUGUUCCUUGAGAAUACCAUAGAUGACUAUUAGAAAAAAAAUCCUCCUGUUGAAACAGUUUUUCAUUGGCCACAGAUUUUAAAUGGUGCAGUUUUCUAAUGUGAGACAGACACAUAGUGGUGUUACUUCGUUUUUAUUUUUAAAUUUAGGACCACCAUUUUAAAAACAAACUGAGAAAAAUUGUUCGAUCUUUUAGGGUAACUGUUUUAAAAUGCAAUCUUUCAGGUCUUUUAAAAACCUCAAUUAAUCUUAGACUUUUUAUUUUUUGGUUUUGAGGUAUGGAUACUUAUCUCCAACAUCUAAUCUUACACUCAGAUAGUUACUGUUUUCACCCUGAGAAGAGUAAAUCAUUUAUUUUUAUAUAAUGCAGAAAAUCCAACUCUUAUACUUGGACCUUAAAUGUGUGGAUUUGGAAAGAAACUAGCCAGCAUGGACUACUAAAAACCAAGAACAGUCCUUCCAUAGUAUUUCUUUUCAUUCCAACUUAGGUAGAAAAAUGUGUGAUUCUUUGAAGCAUAAUCGAGACAGUUCUGAAAUCAUUUAAUUCAUUUAAAUACUGUCAAACGUCAAGAAAUUGUAUAGGAUUGAUUUACAUCUGAAAGUUAAAUCUUUACUUAGGGUCUUAAGAUGAUAAAUAUCAUUGAAUGUGUGAGUCCUGUGUUAUCAUAAGACAUAUUUGCAUAUUUUGUUCUCUUUGUAGUGUCUGAAUGCUGGAAAUGAAAAAGAACAACUUCUAAGUAUUUCAGUGAAAAAACCAAAUUGUUGGUUUCAUAAUACAGUGUGUCCAGUUCAAACUGUAUUUAAAACUCUUAAUUCAUGAGAUCAAGUUUAAAUACUGUCUAGAUUGAAGUCUGUGGCACAUGGUACAGAAUCUCUUGGCCUCAUUCAAAUUUAUGAGACUUCAAAGUCAGAGAUGUUACUGAGUUUAGUUGUGGGUAGGGGCUCGGGGAACUGAAUUGUUACUUAAUUUAAAAUAGAAGUUGCUUUUGCGUUGACAAUUUGGAAAUAAGAUUUUUUUAAUGCGCCUUGUAUUUAAUAUUUUAUAUUCAUGCCCAAGUUUUUUAUUAUUUUAAAUAGGGCUCAGUGUAUAGUAUAAAGAUUUUUGUGUUUUUCUUUCCCGUCAUCUCCUUCAUAAUUUCACAGGUACCAGCUAUGAUUCUCCCCAACCCCACCUUUGAUUUGAGAGCAUUCAUGUUCAGAAGUCUAAGAAUCAAAAGCCCUUCUAUCUAAUUUUCUGUACAGGCUCAUAUUCUACCUCUGGCAGUCCCAGGGAAAUGAGGUGAUUGCUUUUGGUGCCUCCUUUCCUGUGUCCCUAGGGAAAUUUUACUGUAAUAUUUUUAACUUGGUUUUCAUUUCUGACAUAAGGAAUUAUUUGGAUCUAAGUUAUUCAUAUACCUGUUCUAAUUUGCUGAUUUUUCAUCUGAAGUCUUGAAGUUAUUCUUCAUUUUGAGGACUUUGUAGCGUUAUAUUGACUUAAAAUUAUUUUUGUUCUUUUGAACAUUUUUUAGAAAGCUUUAGAAAAGUUACCCUGGAGAGAGAUUUCCUUUGCCUUUUCAUUAUCAGAUAAAGACUGCUUUCCCUUUUUUUUUUUAGCGCCCUAACAAACUUCAUAGCUUUUCUUUCAUAACGGUGUUCACUGGGACUGCAGCAAUAGACUGUCCUUAAUUGUCUGACUUCUUGAUUCAAUUCCCCUGAAGUUCUGUGCCAGUAAUGUUUCUAACAACAUGGAUUUUCCUGUUCUCUAAUGCUUAAAUAUUUGUUGACCUGAGCUUUAUCCUCACCUGUUUAGUGUAAAGAACACUGGUGUGAGAACAAGGAGACCUGAGUUCUAAUCCUGGCUUUCCUGGUAACUAGCAUUAUGACCUUUGACAAGUGUCCUCACGUUUCUGCUUUUUAGCACUCUCAUCUGUAAAAUGAAGGUGUUGGCCCAAGAUCCUACCCAAUUCUAUACUAUUAUUUGAAAUCUUGGUUCCAAAUGGUACUGAUUUUCCUACCUCUGCCACCUGGAAUACUAGUUUCUCUGAUUUUAACGCCUUUUCUUUUCUAGAUUAUAUUUAACUCAUUUUUGUUCAAGAAAAUAUCUGGGUCCCACUUAAUUGUAGGAACUAUUUCAGAGAAUCUCCUGAGGAAAUGAUAGGUUUAUUAUUAGAAACAUGGUUGCCCAAGAACAAGGGGUUUUAGAGCUCAAAACUAGGGUUUAAAUUAUGACAUUGCUCCUUUAGCUAAUAGUGUAAUUCCUUACUAGUAGUUAAAGUCUUAAGUGAAGUUAAAUGAUCUUGAAUUUUCAAAGAGAAAAGCUACUAGAAAAUUCCAAAAUCUUGCUUCAAUCAUGCCUUAAAAAGAAAAAAAAGCCAAGUGUAUUCUAGAUUUUGUUCUAGGCAUUGAGAAAGCAAACAAAGUAGACUUAAAAAUCUUUGUUCUCAGGAAGCUUACAUUCUGGUAGGAGGAGUCAGGCAAUAAACAUAAUUAAAUUUAUGUUAGAAAGUUGUCAGUAGUAUGAAGAAACUUUAGGGCAUGGUAAGGGAAAUUUUUUGUCUGUUUUUGAGUGAAGAACAAUGUUUAAAUGAGUGAUCAGGGUAGACUUUACUCAGAUCACAUUUGUGCGAAUACUUCAUGUUUGUCUUUUUUUUUUUUUACUUUAUAUUAUGAAAAAUAUAAACAUAAAUAGAGUUUAAUGAACCCUCUUGUACUCAUCACCAGCUUCUACAUUUUAAAGCAUGGCUUUAAUUAAAGAAGAAGAAAUGUAAAAUGACAAUCACCCACUGGGGUUAAGAUGGCAAUGGCAUAGAAUCUCAUUUUUUCAGUGCAUAUUGCUCCCCUUUAUAAAUAUAAAAGUGUUGAUCCCUUUAUUUAUUUAUUUUUAGAAUGCAUAGAAAUUUAAAUGUUGGAACUAAGAACAAAGCAGAGUGAUGAGAAAGAGCACUUCUUUGUUUUCAAAUUGCACAAACUCCCCCUGGAGAUUCUGAUACAGUCUCUCAAUUCCCUUAAGAAUCACUGUAAACAAAAUAGGAAGUAUAAGAUUGUACAAAAUCAGUUAUACAUGAAACAAAUUAAGCACAAUGGAAUUACUUUCUCUUUCUUUCUCCAUGUAUUUCUGAACUUGGUAUAGCAGCUAUCUUCCCUAUUUUACAGAAGAGAAAGCUGAGACCCAAAAAAGCUCAGUUUAUUCAUAAUGAUACAGCUAGAACUAAAACUCAAAUCUCCUCAUCUCAGUCCAGUCUUUCCAGUACUCAGAUUGCUUUCUAUAAUGAGCAAGAAAUAAUUAGAGAUUUAUAUUUUGGCACAAAAGGUUAUGGUAUUUUAAAAAUAUAUCAAAUAUUGAAGCCAGUCAAUCAGCUAGCCCUAGCAAAUUUUUACUUAUUAAUUAUAAAAUAUCCACACAUCAGAUGUUUUAGCUUUGAUUUUAGCCAGGAUAUAUUCUUUGUAUGUGUGUGUGUGUUUUCCUCCUAGGAAGUGGUGCUCUCAAAACCUCUCAAAGCACACAGAAUUUAUUGUAUCCUUUGUAUUUUUACCAAGUUGAAAUGUUUUGAGAUUCUAAAAGCAAAGUGCAAUCUAGUGGUGACUGAAAUUUUCCUGAUAUAUGAUCUAGGUUUUAUUUUUUCCUCACUUGUGGCUACUGCCCCUUAUUCUUAUAAUAGAAUUCCCUGAAACAGAUUAGGUGGUGGAAGUACUAAAUUUCAUUGAAGUAAAGGGAAAAGCAACAAAACUGGUUAUGUAUCAAUUAUGGAACUCUCUUCAGUGUUCUUCGCCAAAUUUAAUCUCUGACCUGUGUGACUUAGUAACUUUCUGUCUCUUAGAAGAGGUUUGGACUCAGUUGAAAAUCUUGUACUUAGUUUUCCACAGAGACUUGUUGUCAGCCUGAUUAAUAUAGAGACCAUUCUGGACUGGAAAUACAGUAGGAUGCCAAGGUUUGCAAACCUGGCUGCUGUCAGUGAUUCAGAACCUUCUCACCCUAAAUGAGUACAAAGAUUUGAUGUGAGUAUGAAUGGUAUGAAUCUCCCAGUGAUAUUUUGGGUAUAUAUGUUCCUGUUUGGAGAGUAUAAAGGGUAUUUACAUUGAGGGCUCUUUUGUUGACUUUAUUUAUUUAAAGUUCUUAUUUUAUUUGUAAUGGCAUGUGUGUAUUUUUGUGAUGCUAAAUGCAAUCUCUGUGUAUACUUUUGUAUAUAUGUACAUAUUUGUAAAUAUAUUGGUAUGCAAUGAUACAGUACGUGUAUAUUAUAUACCCAUACCCAUUGUGGGCUGAAUUUAUUUAAGUUCUGUGAGGACAUCAUAGUGGCAUUAUUCAUGCUGCUGUAAUUAGGUUGUGGCUAUAUCUCAUUCAUGAGCCUCUAUUUUGAGGGGCUUGUGUUUGGGUAAAAUGGACUAAUUUGGAGUUGAAAUUAGGAUAUGAAGAUCUUAACAGAAAGCUGGAUAUUCUUAGCUUUAAAUCAUCUGCCAGUUUCCAUUUAAACUGAUGAUAAAUUCAUGACAUAAAUCUGAAAGACCUAAGUAUGUGAAACUAAGACACCAGCAAGUUCUUAAGCUAUAUUAGUCCAUUAUUUUCUUGACCCAUAGUUGACUAUUAUUACUGAGUAUAUUUAUAUUGAGAAUCAAGGGACUGUGGGAAAAAUUACUUUGAUCACAUUUCAGAAUAACUAGGAAAAUGUCCUUUAAAUAGGGAUUCCUAGUUGCCAUUUCAAUACCUUAAACUAAAUUUUAAUUCUGGAACAAUAUUUUUCACCAAUGUGUCUCAUUUUAUAUCUGUCUCUGUGAGGCAGAAAAAGGGGCAUUAGCUAGGGGAGGGCUUCAUGGAGAUGGGGUGGGAUUUAAUAAGGAACAGGGGGUUGUUAAUCUGUAUAUUUGCAGCAGCUGUGAUUAAUUUAGUCCUGUCUUAGCAUCUCCAAUUAUUGAUUUUUCUUUUUGGAGUUGCGUAUCAAAGAUGAGUAUGCUCAUCUGAGAAAAGGCUUCCAGUGAAUAAAAUGCCUUCAGUUGUAUUUCUUUGUCUCUAUGAGACCACUUGUGUUCUGCAAAUUGAUGACAUGUUCACACAUGAAGUAGGGUUCUUAAUAUUAAGUGCAUGGUGUGCUUUAAAAUCUGGGCCUUCAAACCUCUACCAAGGAUAGAGGAGGAUAUCCUCUUAGAGGAUAGUAAGUAAGUAUGUGCAGUGCCAAUUUGUGAACCUGUGGAAUAUCAGAGUAUCAAUGUUCGGUUGCUCCUGCCUUCAUGGGCAUGUUCAUUUGCAUGGGAGAGUGUAGGAGAUGGUUAAUAUACACUUGGAUACAUUCACUGCAGAAAAUAAGUAGAAGUCAUUUUUGCAUGAAAAAAUAUAACUGCAAAGCAAUUGUUUACCGCAUUAUUUUUCAGAAUAUUAAAUCUAUCUGUCCAACAUUAAAUUAUCUUAAAUAGACAAGUUAGACUCCAAUUUUACCAUCCAAAAAACAUUACAUUUGCCUCUUCAUUGUUUUUAUUUUUAAUAAAACUGCCAACUAUUCAUAAACACUUCUCAAUUACAGUAUUAAAUUUAAAAUAAAGUUAUAAUAGCCUUUUUCUUAAAUAUUAAGAUUUGGUAAUGUACUAUUACUGAAAAAUCAGUGAAAGUGUUCAUAGGGUCUGAUGUUAUGUUGUUUUAGUAACCAAAUCAUCUGUUGCAACUGGAGAGUAGCAAUGUAGAUGUUAUGCUAUUUAAAAUUCAUGGAACUGCCUCAGGCUCAGUGUGGACAUUAACUUGAGAGUAGCAGCAAUAAAAAGUGCAGUCAAUGAGACUGACAUCCUGAAUAUGACCUCUGACUCUAACAGUUGUAAAGCCAAUUACUUUGCAGUUAAAUAAAAUAAGAAUUGCUUAGAAGGCCAAGCCCUUUCCCCCCAUCCUCCUGUAGGCUUAGGCAUUGAUACUUUAUACCUGUUUGUGUUGUACCUCCCACUCUUUCCUGGAACCUGUGACCACUUUAUCUUAAAAAAGGGGUGGGGGCGGGGCAGUUCAUCUCCCUCCAAGUAGAAUUUCAAAACAUAAUAUUACACUGUGUCCCAGCUUCACUUAGACUUACUCAUGGAGACUUAUUAAGCAUGCCUUGUGUUUAAAGAAGAAUAAUGAUGUGUGAAUGGAAUCAAUCACCUGUUGAAGGGAAGGGUAUCUAUCAAAUGGUAUGGGGAGACAUGCCCUUAAUUGGGUAAAGAUAAAUGUAUUAAGUAUAACUAAUUUGUUGGUGCCGUAGAAAUCUUUCCUUUGGAUUUCUGUAGAUAUGAAAUGUUUUCUUGAGCUCACAUUGGUACUUUUCACUUAUUAGUUUGGUGUAAUUACUGACUUCUAGGAAUUCUGUUUCUGCAUAACAUGUUACUGAAGCACCAUUUCUUAAUUUUAAAAUAUUUUUAUUAAUUUCUUUUGUGGAUUUUUUUAGUUAUUUUUUAAACUAGUUAUCAAACUACUCUAAGCAGUGUGAUUUAAAAAAAUAUAUAUUUGAACAGUAGAUUCAGAGUUUUUUAAUAGUUUGAAGUACAUUAUAUUAAUUAUGCACUCCAGAUUCACUUAAUCAAGCCUGAAUUUGGUCAUAGAACAAGACUAUAAAUUGGGAAUGUUUUCCUAUUUUGGUGGACAAUUCCAGUCUAUAUCCUAAAGACAAUCAUCUUUUUAGGUGUAGUAUUACUUAUUAAGACAUUGGUAACUUCAGGGUUCAGAUUUCUACUUUUCUGGUAGGAUUGUGAAACAAAAGUUAAUAGAUUGAGUGACUAUAUCACUUUCAGAAUGAGAUAGAAAAUUAUAGCUAGCAUUCCUAUAGGUCUGUAGUAAACAAUAUUUAAAACUUUAUGUUACUAAUAUUUUCUCCUUUGAAGCCAUUGUGAACGUCCACUUGUCCGUGACUGAAAGUUAAGAUUUGUAACCCUGACAAUUUGACCCAUAAGUUUUCUCAAACGUCAAGUCAGUCCAAUCAGCCAUUGUAAAAUGUGAAAUGAUUAUAUUAUAAUCCCAAAGUAAAUCCUUCCAAACCAUAGAAAAACAGCCACCAUACUGUAAAAAAAAUCCCAUUCCUACCCUCCUUUGCCUUUUACUGAUUUUUUCCCCCCAAAUUAUGUGUUGUGAAGUUUUAAAAAUCUGCAGGGAAAAUUGCUUUAAAUGUUUUAGGGCAGUAAGAAUUUUUUUUACUAUUCUGGAAAGUGAGGUGUUUCUUUUUUAACUCUUGUUUUUUAUUAAAAAGAUUUUUCAAUAGUUCAGUAAAAUAUUUUAGGACUUUGUGUUUGUGGCUUUUUAUAGUUAUGUGGAUACAUUCCUUUUGCCAUACAGACUAUAUGGCUAAUUCUCCAACUGUUUUUUGUUUUUAAUGUACCUUGCCAUUCGGUGAUCAGAAGGCUUAUAUUUUGGAGUCUUCCUCCAGUUGAAGUAAAUAGGACUUAGGUAAUAGGAAAAGCAGGUACGAUGUCCUAACAUUUUCACAGUAGAGCUUGCAAGGCAAAGAAUUUAUUCAAAUGAGUUAUCUUCAUUGUAUAGCACCAGUACAGAUAGUGGUUUCAUUAAUCGUUGAAUCAGAUGAAGCAGUUAUAAAUCAUUUCUUACUUUGCCCUAAGGAUUAUUGUCAUUUCAGGCCACAUUAUUGUUUUCUCUGAGCAGUUUCCAUUAUAAGAUUGAAUAUCCUUUUUCUUUAUUCAAAUCAUUACUAAAAGUUAAGAUAAUCAAAUAGGAAUUAAAAUAAGUUGUUUGAUCUUUUUUCCCUGAAAAUAAUGGUGAAUCUAUUAUCUGUGUUAUGGAUAUUAUGCAUAAAUACACUUGUCUCAAUGAUAGCAGAAUUACAUUUGGAGAAUAUAAUUACUUGAUUUUCUAGUGGUGUGAAACACUUUAAAAAUUGUGCUUGUCUGUAACUGAAAUGUUAUAGAAUUGUAACACUAUAAGGAUUAAUAGAGUUAUAUUUAUUAGCUCUCCUCAAGAGAUUGAAGCACAGUAAUUUUCACGUAACACUUCUUAUCCAAGUGCUGCAAAUCUAUCGUGCAAAUAAUGAAGCUUUUUGGUUGUCUAUAUAGCUAUUCACAAAUCACUGUAAUCCUUGAGAUGUAGUCUUGUUGCUCAUUUGUAUUAAAUUUGGGGUAUUGUGGGUUAAUACUUUACAACAAAAUCCAUCAACUCAGCUCUGUAUGACAGCAAACCAUUGGAUUCAUUAGUUUUAUAUGUGUUAUCAGUAGAAUAAAUUUGAAGGGGCUGUUUAUUACCAGUGACUAAGGGCAAAAAUUAUAUUGUCAAUAUCAUUUGACUUGAACAUUUGUAGUAUUGUAAAAGUCUUCUGUUGUGUUUCUACAUUGCUUAAGCCAUAUAUAUUCUUAAGAAUGUUUUCCUGCUGUGUUCCUUUUCAGCAGCCUUUUUCUGCUUUGUCUCUUGUGGUUGAUACUUUCAUAGACUUUAGAAAUUGAGAAGUUAUUUAAACAUUUUCUUGAGUUCAUCACUUUCGACUCUUGUAUUGGUAUGUGAUUUGUCAUAAAGGAUAGUAAGCCUUUCACUAAUUACACUAAAUAAAUUUCAGAGUAAACACUGUGAUUCUGCAGAGCGGAUUCAGUAGGCCCUUCUUUUUCUUAUAUUUUCUUCUGUUACACGGUGCCUACCAUCGUGAAGGUACUCAAUACUAGAGGAUGGAAAGUUAAACGUGUUGUUUUUAUGUUUAUUGAAUAACAAGGUUCAGAACAUUUAAUUUUUGUUGUCAGUGUAUUGACAUUUUUGCAUUGAUAAAUGUUCUCUAGGAAUUGACUACAUUCAUAGGGUGUGAACUCUUGUAAAUGAUUUUGUAUCUUGAAUCCACGUAUAUACUAAGUGUAUCAUCAGUAUAAAAAUAAACAUUAUUUGCUUAAA